GCUGUCCACGGGGCUGCUGGUGCUGAAUCUGGGAUUCCCCGCUCCGUCCUCUUGUUUUCGCCUGCGCCGGGAGGCUUUACUCCUCCCCUCCUUCACAACCUUCACACAAAAGCAACUUGGCAAAGGAGCUUAUCGGACGUCAAGGAGAUUCUCUGCCCUACUGAACGAGGAAAUUUCUUCGGAGUUGAUCCCGGACUUGGGUUUCUUUCACCCGCCACCUUUGCAACGUUUUACCUUUUGAUAUUUUCAUUUGCUGUACUUAAAAACAGACGUUGGUGAUAAUAAGGUGCAAUCUUUCCACAAGGGGAAAAACAAAAGGGACAGAAGAACGCUUUCCCCCCCCACCUCCUUUCUUCGUGGGCUUUAGUGACUUCAAUCAGGAAGAAAAUAUUGAAAAUAUGUUGAUGUGGUGGACAAUUGUUUCUUCUCUUGGAUACAUUUUAUUGAGUGCAAAAGGAUGGCCAGUAAAAGAAGGACAUGACCUCAGAUCAUUUCAAGCUCUUAUGCGAUUACGCCACAAGCAGGAAAGGAGUCCUGAACAUUCCAGAAAUAAAGGAUCUGUGAAUCAUGGUGUUUUUCCUGGAUCCUGUGAAAAUAAGUAUUGUGGCUUGGGUAGGCAUUGUGUUGUCAACAGAGAAACAGGACAAGGGGAAUGUGCCUGCAUGGAAUAUUGCAAGUCUCAUUACAAGCCUGUUUGUGGUUCUGAUGGUGAAUUCUAUGAAAACCACUGCGAAGUGCACCGGGCUGCCUGCCUGAAAAAGCAGAAGAUUACUAUUGUCCACAAUGAAGACUGUUUCUUCAAAGGGGACAACUGCAAUUCCAUUGAUUACAACAAGAUGAAAAAUUUCCUGCUGGAUCUACAGAACAGAAAAUAUAUUCUACAAACAAAAGAAAGCAUUACUGAAGAUAAGAUGGUUUUGAAGAAAUUAUUGGUGGAUCAGCUGUUUAAAUAUUAUGAUUCAGACAACAAUGGACUUGUAGAUAGCAAUGAACUAACACAGGUAAUAAACCAAGAUGAACUUGGCAAGGAUAUGUCUGACUGCUCUCUUUUUGAUCUGUUGAAAUAUGAUGAUUAUAAUAGUGACAAGCAUCUUGGCCUGGAAGAAUUCUAUAGAGCAUUCCAAGUAAUACAACUGAGCCUACCAGAAGAUCAGAAAGUAAGCAUUACAGCUGCGAUAGUUGGACAAAGUGCAGUUCUAAGUUGUGCCAUUCAGGGCACCUUGAGACCUCCAAUCAUCUGGAAGCGGAACAAUGUCGCUCUGAAGAGUUUAGAUUUAGAAGACAUCAAUGAUUUUGGAGAUGAUGGGUCCCUAUAUAUUACUAAGAUUACUACAACUCACAUGGGAAAUUAUAGCUGCUAUGCAGAUGGCUAUGAUCAAAUCUAUCAGACUCAUAUUCUUCAAGUGAAUGUUCCACCCGUCAUAAGAGUCUUUCCUGAAAGUCAAGCUAGGGAGCCAGGAGUGACAGCUAGUCUUCGAUGUCAUGCUGAGGGUAUUCCCAAUCCAGUGCUUGGUUGGUUGAAGAAUGGAAUUGAUAUAACUCCAAAGUUAUCCAAACAGCUAACUCUUCAAGCAAAUGGCAGUGAAGUCCACAUUAGCAAUGUACGUUAUGAAGAUACAGGAGCAUACACUUGUAUUGCAAAGAAUGAAGCAGGAGUUGAUGAAGAUAUUUCUUCCCUUUUUGUAGAGGAUUCUGCACGGAAAACCCUUGCUAACAUAUUAUGGAGAGAGGAAGGUCUGGGAAUUGGUAAUAUGUUCUAUGUGUUUUAUGAAGAUGGAAUCAAAGUGAUACAACCAGUAGAGUGUGAAUUCCAGAGACAUAUUAAGCCUAAUGAAAAGCUCCUUGGAUUUCAGGAUGAAGUUUGUCCAAAAACUGAUGGGGAUGAAGUCCAGCAAUGCAUUUGGGCAUCAGCUGCUAAUGUCAAGGAUAAAUUCAUAUAUGUAACUCAGCCGACUUUGGACAGAGUGCUAAUUGUUGAUGUACAAUCUCAAAAAGUUGUGCAGGCUGUAAGUACAGAUCCAGUUCCAGUGAAAUUACAUUAUGAUAAAUCACAUGAUCAAGUAUGGGUGCUCAGUUGGGGAAGCUUUGAUAAGGAUUCUCCUACACUACAAGUGAUCACUCAGGCCAGUGGAAGUAUUUCUCAUCACACUAUUCACACUCAGCCAGUGGGGAAGCAGUUUGACAAAGUGGAUGGCUUUUUCAUUCCAUCUGCAACUCUUCUUAUUACCCACAUAAGAUUUGGAUUCAUUCUUCACAAGGAUGAGCCUGUACUCCAGAAAAUUGAUCUUGAAACAAUGUCAUACAUCAAGACAAUUAGUUUAAAGGAUUACAACUGUGUUCCAAAGACUCUGGCGUAUACACAUCUUGGAGGAUAUUAUUUUGUCAACUGUAAACCUGACACUACUGGAGCUAUUCUACCACAAAUAAUAGUAGAUAGUGUUACUGACUCAGUUAUUGGAUAUAAUGGUGAUGUAACAGGAUCUCCAUAUAUUUCUCCAGAUGGUCACUACGUAGUCAGCAUUGAUGAUGUGAAAGGUCUCAUGAGGGUCCAGACAAUUACACUAAGAGGAGAAAUACAAGAUGCCUUUGACAUUCACACAAACUUGCACAUAUCUGAUGUGGCUUUCCAGCCAUCAUUUACUGAAGCCCAUCAAUAUAAUGUCUUUGGUAGCUCUAGUACACAGACUGAUGUUCUUUUUGUAGAACUGUCUUCUGGGAAGGUGAAGAUGGUGAAGAAUCUUAAGGAACCUCUUAAACCAGAUGAAUGGCCUUGGAACAACAAGAACCGAUUAAUUGAGGGCAGUGGGCUCUUUGGUCAGUACCUGAUGACACCUUCCAAGGAAUCCUUGUUUAUUCUAGAUGGACGAUUAAAUAAGCUUAAUUGUGAAAUCACUGAAGUUGAGAGAGGAAACACAGUAAUUUGGGUUGGAGAAGCGUAAACAACCAUAUUAGAUAACACCCAAGUGGAUAUAGUUUUACAGUACAUUGCACUUAUCUUCAUUCUUCAAAUUGUCAUUAUUUUAUAUUAAAGAUGUUAGACCCUUCUGUACAUGUUGUGUGGUUGAUUAAAAUGGAAUUUUGGUGAAAUAAAAGAUGCUGAAACUGAGAAAUAUGUACUGUUGGUAAUCUCCAUAGGGAAAAGUGGCCAAUUUGUGACAAUAUUAUAUUAUGGUAAAUACAUAGGGUAGAUUACAAAAUGAUGCCACAUUAUAACAACAGCAACAGCAGCAACAAGAACAAAACUUCAUCAGAUUCAUUGAAUUUCUAAUAUUACACACGAUGUGCAUAGUUAGGUUUUUGCAUUAAAACACUAUGCCCUGUCCUGACCACUAUUUGAUAUUUUUGUGCCUUGAACAGAAAUGUCUCAUAAGGAAAGUGAAGCCUACAAAACAUGUAAUUGUAUUCUUGUGGUUAUAAGUUCUCUUUAUCUUGUGAAAAGUUUUUAAUAUCUCAAAAUUUUUCAUUUCCACAGAUUUUAAGGCAUGGUUUUAACUCAAAGGAAAAAGUAUAUUUGCAACAUUUUGUGCUAUCAUUUUUAUUACUACAGCUUGAAGAUACGGUUAUUUUUAUUACAAUUUCAGGUUAAAGUUUUGUUAACUUCAUAUUAUAAUUCUUACUUUUCCACUACAAAACAGUUACAUCAACUUGGUAUAGUUUAGUUUUAUUGAACAGAAACAUAAUAUCUAGCUGCUUAGGAGAACAUGUUUAUUUUAUAAUAAAUACUGAGGGUUAUUUAAAUUGGCAAAAAAAAUAAUGUCUUAAUUUUAAAACAAUCUGCUUAAUAAUACACUUUACACAGUAAUCCUAUAUAUGUCUAUUCAGAAGUAAGUUCCACUGAAUUCAAGAUAACUAAUUCCUAAGUAAGAAAAGAAUUCCAGUCUUUAAAAAUGGAGAAUAAUGGUACUAUGUCUACUGAAAAUUAAAUCAUACUGAGUUCAAUUUUUCUUACUCCUAGUUGUGUACAAGAUUAUGUGUUUCAAGUUUCUUUCUGAAAGUACAGUACACCGAAAUAAAUAAAAUUCACAAUUAAAAAAAAACAAUUUGCAUCAUCUUUUUAGAUAGUAUCACUGUUACAUGUACAAUGUCUAUCAAAUAUGCCUUUUUUCAAUACUGUUGAUAAAAGUAAUUUUUUAACUUAUUACUGCCAUUAGCUUUCUAUUUCAAGGUAUUUGGGUUAUUUUAGUUUAUAAACUACCACUAGUUAGGGAUGUUGUUUAUAUGUCUACAUAGAAACAAUUCAGGUUCUAAAUUAUUGUAACCACUACAAAAGGAGAAAAUAAUCUUGCUCAUUAGUAUUUUUUUCUUCUUCGGAUUUUCAAGAAGUACAUAGAUGGGAUUGACUAUUAUUAUCAUUUUCAAAACUCGGUUUUUGUACCUGAAACAAUUAAACUGAUACUUUAUUCAAUGCAGUCAAAUAUUUUACUCCAAUAGGUAAAGCUAAUUAGACAUUAGACAUUUCUAUUUUCUUGUGUGUCAUUAAUAUCCUGGGCUAUGAAACAGUAGACUUCUCUUUAGAUUAAGGAAACUGGCAGAUAGACUUAACUGAACAACAGAAAUGACUUUGAAUUUCUGACUUCUGAAUCUUUGUAGCAAUUUUCCCCUAUUGUAAUAAUAAUGGUAAUUACGACAAAAUAAAAGACUCUGUGAACAGCCUGUUACUCUAUGAUUUACACUAGUUCAUAUCUUCUACAUUUUUCUGAUCUAUCCUACAUAUGUGAGUGUUCUGUAUG